AUGGUUCCCAACUUCGGCCGUUCCAUCUCCUUCCCUCGGACCCGGGCGAUGUCCUUCUCAAAGUCGUCCCGCCACGUCCGCUCCGUCAGCCUCCCCGGCACCACCUCCUCACACCCGCUCCUCGCAAACCUCAACGCCGACAUCGCCGCCAUCCGUGCCUGGAUCCAGGACACAGCAGCAGCAGGCUCGUCCCUCCCGGCCGGCCUCGCCGCCAUACACGCGCUUCAUGCCGCGCUCGCCGACCUCCUCCUCCUCCCAGCGUCCCAGGCAUCGCUUCGGAGCACCACCAGCAACGCCGCAGGCAGCCUCCUAGACGUCUUCCUCAUCCUCGCCGACGCGCACCAAGGCUUCAAGGAGUGCCUUAUGUCGCUCAGGCACGCCGCCGCCGAGUCCCGCGCUGCGCUCCGCAGGGGCGAUGCCACAAGGCUCGCGUCUGCCGCCAGGUCCCAGCGCCGGGCCGAGAAGGACCUCGCUCGCCUGGCCGCAUCCGUCUUCGCCGUCUCCUCCAAGUGCACCCGCCUGAACCUCGUCGGCGAGGAUGCAGAGAUGGCCGGUGCGAUCAUGCAGGCAGUGGCUGCAAGCGCCGCGGCCUCUGCGGCCGUGUUCUCGGCUGCCGCGUCAAUGUCGUCCCCGGCGUCCUCUUGCAAGAAAAUGGCCAUGUUUGUUCCCGUGUUCGCCACCAGGAAGGCCGCCGCGCCGGAGACUGCAGAGGCGGCCAUGGAGAGACUGCAUGUGCUAGAGCGGUGCUUCGACGAGUGCGAUGGCGCCUGCAACAGGGUGUUCAGUAGCGUCGUGCAGACCAGGGUUUCACUUCUCAACGUCAUGACGCCCACGAUCUAG